AUGGUGUGGAAAUGGGCUUCCUUUCUUUGCUGGAUAUUAUUCGCUCUUACAUCAGUCACUCGCUGUGGCGCAUACGGUAACACUCAUACCAAUUUUGCAACAUUCGUUAUUCUUGGUCAACGUUCAAACUUCGAUACUGCCAAAGCAGUCUUCCUCAAAGAUACAAUCUUGAAAGAUUUCGAAAAGCAACAUGAGGAUGCUGAAGUGAUCGUUCCCCACCUGGACUUUUCUAAUUUCGUUGGCUCGUGGGCUAUGUGGACUCUUUUCAGUAGGCUUCAUAAAAAUAUCCUGUCGAAGUGGUACAUUUUUCUGGAGGCGGAUUCUCAUGUAAAUGCUAACGUUUUGAUUGAUUUUAUGCAACAUUUUGAUUCACAUGGGAAAUAUUUUCUUGGAUGUGGUCUCUAUGAUGAAAGCCCUGUCAUUAUCCAUCACUUCCACGGCUACGACGCUACUGACGGACAAACAUUUUUGUAUCCAGACACUGCUUGUGGCAUUUUGCUUUCGAGAGGACUUCUUGCAGAACUAGUAUCGGCUGACUCUAUUGAUCCACCUUUGAGCUUAUUCUCGAUAGAUGCCAAGCAUGAGAUUGCACUGCUCAUCCUCAAAAGGGGCGGAACCACUUUGUCAUCGUAUUCUGACACCUUUUGUAAUACUAAACGUGAUGGUUGCGCUAUCUACUACGACUUCGCUCCUUGCGAGUCUUCAGCUCCACUCACUACCGAUAAAGUAUUAUUUUCUGUCAAGACUUAUCAUGGGAACCACGACAGUAGAGUUCCCAUCAUCAAAAACACUUGGGGUGCAUCAUUGCCAUCGAUUGAGUUCUUUAGUGACGUUGCUAAUGAAAGUAUUCCCACGAUCGCCGUUGGGGUGCCAAACACUAAAAGGGGGCAUUGUGAAAAAACACUUGUGAUUUUGAGGCGUUUUGCUGACAUAUCAGCUCAAAGCGAAGUCGUUAGAAAACCUCUAUGGCUUUUUAUCGCUGACGAUGACACUUUAUUGAGUGUUUCUAGACUGUUACGACUUCUGUCUUGUUAUAACAGUAACGAAAAGGUGAUCGUGGGUGAGCGAUAUGGCUAUGGUUUUUCCGGUUCGGGUUUGGAUGGAUAUGACUAUCCAACAGGUGGAUCUGGGAUGGCUUUUUCUCAUGCGGCAGUAAAAGCAAUUGUUUCUGUUUGCGAUUGUCCCACAAAUGAUUCGCCCGAUGACAUGAUCAUCGGCGUAUGUGCUCGAAAGUCCAGUGUGGCAAUACUGCACAGUGCAGCAUUUCAUCAGGCUCGGCAUGUUGACUACCCAAAAGCUUAUCUGGAGCGGAUCCCACCAAUCUCAUUCCAUAAGUUCGACGAUGUUGAUCCAUACCAAGUUUAUGCGGAGUAUCUGGUCGAAAACCACACGGAAACUCUGAGGAAACAAGAGCUUUGAUAAUCUCAUUUCCACACUUCUUUUAUUAAUGCAUAAUACUUUUUAUUGCUCCUCCUUUCGAAGUGCCAAUCACGGAAUCUCGCUUGAUAAACGCUUUCUAUUGUCA